UAGAUCUCACCCAUUUUACUUUAGCUAAAAAAGGUUAUCAUGUUAUGGAAGCGGACGAAGAGCACUCGGCGACGCAGCACAUCGAAGUCACGGCCGCUGCCGUGCCAGUUGGGGAUGCGUGCAUGUUUGGAGUACAAGAUUUCUCAUAUGUGAAUACAUGCCCGCAACGUACAUUGAAACAGUGCGUGACUGUGCAUCGACAUUGAAUAGGUUUGCAUGGGGUACACUAGAAAACAGAACAGUGCGCGUCGCAUUAAAUCGAUUCCGUGUUAGAGUAAGUCCAUUCUGCUUUAGAUCCAGCCGCAUACCCUCCAUUGCCGGAUAAAAAAAAGCAAGGAUCCAUUCGAGUGUCCAGUGUUCAUCUUCCCCACGCACCCCUCCAUUCCAUAUCCAGCGAGGCGGAAAGAUAAGCAGGGCAGUGAGUUCCUGUGGAAAUCCAUCGUUCCAAAACUUACGGAAACGGGGAUGAUACCUACGUCAAAUCUUCCGAUGGAUCCUGGUUCAGCAACCAUGGAAGGUAAGCGCUCUGAGAUUACGGAAGGGGAACGACCCUUGGCCCACGGAUACGUUCCUAUCCGCGUGGAUUGACCAUGGAUCCGGGUGGACCGGGUCGGAGGAUGCAGGCCAUGCACAAACCCAGGUCAAGGACGCCGGCCACGAGCAUGAAGCCCACGAUCUCGACCAAGGCGUGAACAGCCUGUACUAUUGCUGAGGCGAAGCAUGGCAAGACCAAGCUUGACGGCGACGGGAACGACCAGGAUGCGGGUGACGUACACGUAGCUUGAGGAAGCGGCUGGCUGGCCGCGGGAAUGCAAAACGCGGCAAGCACAGACGAUGGCCACCUGGAUUUGCUCAUCAUGGCAUGCACAGUCUUCCACAUGGCUUUCUUCUCAGACGUUGUCGCUGGCCGCCAGAAUGCAUAACUUGGUGUUGGCAGCCACGGCGGACGUGGUGUCGCUGCGACACGGCAAGCUCAGACGAUAACCAGGGCGAACAUAGUCUUCCUAGUUCAUCCCGGCUUUGUUUCAUGUAGCAAGCAGAAGACUGUGAAGGAAAUUGCAUGAACUUAGAAGAGGAUUGGGGGAAGGAUUGGUGGGGAAGAACUGGUGUCCAGGGGAAGAAGGGUCUUGAUGGGGAGAAGAAAGGGUUGGGGCGCCCGUGGAUUGAGUGGAUUAUUGGGUCUUGGGUGGUUGGGCGCUGGUGGUUGAGCUCGAUUGGGCAUGGGUGUAAUGUCUGACAAUGUCAGUGCCAGAAAACAGACCUAGAUACAGAGCAUGCAUGUGAGAGAUACAUGGCGAAUAAACUUCUAAUACGGACUGCCUAAUAUAGGAGAUGUGAAUCCCGAGGCUAGUUAAUGGGUCAGAUUUUGAUGGGUGGAGUCGCCGGGUGCUCCACUGCUCCUACGCACUUUCGAUCAUGUUAUCUACUAUAACUGGGAGUAAUCUUCUUGUGAAAGCCUUGUGACUUGUAUAAUAAUUAGCUCUUGGAAUGGGAAAAUCUCAGAAGAGGACUAACUUCUGGAAAAAUUAAAUUAUACUGCAUGCGAGCAGAUAUUUUAUUUUAUAAAUGUGCAACCCUGACAAACAUGAUUAUACUGUAGGAGUACUUGUUUCUUCCUACAGCUACUUAACAUCAUAUAUGUCUUCUAUUAAGUGCAGCUAAAUGUUAGGAACAAGUCGGCUGCUGCUGAGUGCUUCUUGCGCACUGAACUCUGUUUAGAAGACAAAUCACACGCCAAGAGAAUCUCGGGAUGUGGUGUGCGGGCAGAAAUAAUGCUGGGAGCAGGGGCGUAUGUGCAAAAGCUACCACUGGAGGUCCGGAGCCCACCACGGCGCACGCGCACGAACGGACUCCCCCUGAGCUCUGGACUCGACCGUGUGGGGAAAGGGGAUGAGUGCCGGGGAUCCCGCCGGCGAUGCGGGGCCCAGCUCCCGCGGCGGCGCCCGGGCCGGGGCGGCCGCGCGCCCGCGGCGGUUCCCGACGGCGGCGCAACCGGAGGUCAUGCGCGCGGCGGAGAAGGACGACAGCUACGCCGCCCACGUCACCGAGGCCUGCCGCGACGCCUUCCGCCACCUCUUCGGUACCAGGGUUGCCGUCGCUUACCAGAACGAGAUAAAAUUGCUUGGGCAGUCCCUCUAUUACUUGCUAACAACUGGUUCAGGCCAGCAAACACUCGGAGAAGAAUAUUGUGAUAUAUCUCAGGUUGCAACCUCACAUGGGCUUCCGCCGACACCUGCAAGGCGGAUGCUUUUCAUUUUGUACCAAACUACUGUGCCCUAUCUCGCUGAAAGAAUCAGUUCGAGAAUCGUCUCCCGUGGUAUUUACAUGGAUGACUCUCAGCUUGAUAAUCAUCAUGAAAGUGAUAAUCCUAGUAGAGGCAUAACAGAAUCCUCAACAAAUACGAAUGAGUCUUCGAGAAGCUUGAGUUUUUCUAUGCUCUCGAGGUUGAGAAGCAAAGCGCAUGCCUUUUGGCUAUGGGUAGUUCAGAAAUGGCCUUCGAUGCUGCCGCUUGGUCAAGAUUUUAUACAGUUGGCUAUACGGACAAACCUGAUGUUCUUCUACUUUGAAGGAUUAUAUUAUCAUUUUUCAAAGCGAGGAGCUGGUAUUCAUUAUGUGUUCAUUGGUAAGCCAAUGAAUCAGAGGCCCAGGUACCAAAUUUUGGGUAUCUUUUUGCUGAUCCAGUUGUGUAUUCUUGGUGCUGAAAGACUCCGAAGAAGUAACUUGUCAUCAAUAGCUAGUUCCAUUAAUCAAAUUUCGUCCGGAAGCUAUCCUUCAUCUACAGGUCGGAGUGUCCCUGUUGUGAAUGAAGAUGGAAAUAUCAUCAGUGACAUCCGUCAUGGCAAAGCUGUAGAUUUGGCUUCUGGUUCAGAGGCAUCCAGUAGCAAGAGCAAGUGCACUCUCUGUCUCAGUACCCGGCAGAAUCCUACUGCCACAACCUGCGGACAUGUCUUCUGCUGGUAA